AUGGAGAGCAGAUGGCGGAAGGCCAAGAUGUCGCUGGGGCUCAACCUCUGCGUCUACGUGCCCCGGACGCUGGAAGGCGACGACGCCAGCUCGCCCAACACUUCCUCCUCCACGGCGGCGCUCGUGUCGCCGGUCGCCUCCUCGUCGUCCGCCGCCACGAGCACCAACACCACCCCCACGGCUGCUUCGGCGGAGCAGAGCAGCGCCAACGGCAAGGUGAACGGUGGCGGCGCCGGCGCCGGUGCGCUCAUGCCCACCACCCCGACCCCGACGUCCGCCGGGCUCCGCCUCUCCAAAUCCGGCAGCAAAUCCUUCAAGAAAACUUGUGCCAUAUGCUUGACUACAAUGAAGCCUGGUCAGGGCCAUGCUCUCUUCACAGCAGAGUGCUCACACACCUUCCACUUCCAUUGUAUUUCGGCAAAUGUUAAGCAUGGAAGCAGCAGCUGCCCAGUCUGCCAUAUCAAAUGGAAGGAGCUCCCAUUCCGAGGUCCCCUGCCUGCUGAAUUACCCCAAGGAAAUGUAAGGAUCAAUCCAGUUAAUGGGUACCAAAAUGGAGGCCAUAUGAACAUAUUGCGACCACUUCCCCGUGCGCGCUCUUCUGGCCGGCUUCAUCAUCUGGCCACAUUGCUGCCUGACACAGACCCUAGUACUUUCAACGAUGAUGAACCCUUGGAUUUGUUGUGUGAAGAGGCUAAUGACACUCAGCAGGGCUGUUUGAGAACAGUAGAGAUAAAAACAUAUCCAGAGUUCACUGAAGUACCUGAAAAUACAUCAGAAAGAAACUUCACUGUUCUAAUUCACCUUAAGGCACCCCUUGCUCAGCAUCUGCAGUCAUCCAGCAAUCUCGGAGAUGGCAACGGACUAAGUACAACUCGUGCCCCUGUUGAUCUCAUCACAGUUCUUGAUGUCAGUGGAAGUAUGGCGGGUACCAAACUUGCAUUGUUGAAGAGGGCUAUGGGAUUUGUCAUUCAGAACCUUGGAUCCUCUGAUCGGCUUUCUGUCAUCGCCUUCUCAUCAUCCGCACGUAGGCUCUUCCCGCUUCGUAGGAUGACUGAGUCUGGUCGUCAGCAAAGCUUGCUGGCUGUUAAUUCACUGACAUCAAAUGGAGGGACCAAUAUUGCAGAGGGCCUCAGGAAAGGCUCCAAGGUGAUCGAAGAACGCCAGGCCAAGAAUCCAGUCUGCAGCAUCAUCCUUUUAUCAGACGGUCAAGAUACCUAUACAGUCUCACCAACUGCUGGUGUACACAAAGGAGCACCAGAGUAUUGUGCGCUCUUGCCAUCCACUAAUGGUAACCAGCAGGUACCUGUUCAUGUCUUUGGAUUUGGUGCUGACCAUGACUCCGUCUCCCUGCACUCCAUCUCACAAACUUCUGGUGGGACCUUUUCAUUCAUUGAGACAGAGGCUGCUAUUCAAGAUGCAUUUGCGCAGUGCAUUGGUGGGCUUUUGAGUGUAGUUGCACAAGGUCUGCAUGUUAAGGUGGAGAGCCUCCACCCUGACGUGCACUUUGGCUCCAUCAAAUCAGGCAGCUAUUCUAGCAGAGUUUCAGAUGAUAAGAGGAAUGGCUCCAUAGAUGUCGGGGACCUGUAUGCUGAAGAGGAAAGGGAUUUUCUUGUGUCUGUAAACGUUCCACCAGGCUAUGGGGAAACAGCACUUCUCAAGGUUGGCUGCGUCUACAAAGAUCCACUCAUGAAGGAGACAGUGAAUAUGGCUGAUGUGCAAGUGAAGAUCUCCAGGCCAGCAUUCGUCUCAGUACAAAGCGUGUCAAUCGAGGUGGACCGCCAGAAGAACCGUCUUCAUGCAGCCGAGGUGAUGGCUGAAGCAAGGUUUUCUGCAGAGCGCGGUGACCUGACCAACGCUGUUUCUCUACUCGAAGACUGCCGGAGAAUGAUCAUGGGAUCGGCAUCAGGACAGUCCGGUGACCGUCUGUGCCAAGCUUUGGAUGCUGAGCUGAAGGAGAUGCAAGAUCGGAUGGCCAAUCGGCAAAGGCUUGAGCUCCCACUCAUGGCAGAGGGCAACCUCACGCGGGGACUCGACGGACAGCAAGAGCCUAAUCCAGGCCUACCAGACUUCAUCCAUGGUGGACAUGCUGCUGCGCUCGCAGACAAUGAGCCGCUCAUCGACCCCUCGACCAACUCCACAGAUGAGGCACGCGAAAUCAUUCCCAGCACGCCCGCAGCCAAGGGAAGGGUAUACAUUUGUGGACUCUUUGAGGAGGGAUGGAUACCUAAUCCUGAUCCUGAUCCUUGCAAGGUUUGUUUCUUCAACCUGGAAAUGGAAAAGAAAUCUGGUUACUUGAUCAAUGAUCAUGUUGUGUUCCAUCUUGCAAGGAAUUUUUUGGAGGCACUGCUACUUGAUAGAUUACUGCCUGCAUCUUGGAAAUGCUUCGCUUACAAUGAACACUCCUUACAAUUUUUUGUUGAUCCUCGUUUGACAGUGAAUGUCUGUCCAGAGCAACAACACGGUACAUGGGAAUAA